CAGAGGCGUGGAGUUUUAGAUGCGGAAUUAACGCAUCCGCGGCGCCCGAACCGGACUGAAUAUGGCGAGCACCGAGAGCAAAAGCGGGUCUUUGGAAAACUUUCACACACCCGAGUCAAACGGAUCGGCCCAGCCGGGUGCGAGGUGGGGUCCACAGCAUGCAGGUGCUAGAGAGCUCGCGGAGUUAUACUCUCCAGGAAAAAGAUGUCAGGAAUGGAUCAGUGUGCUUCUUUGCUUUACCCUCAUGGCCUUCAACUUCUGUUACCUGGUAACAUACUUCCACCUAGGACACAUCUGGUACAUCCUCCUGGCCAUCGUGGCAGGGAUCCUGACAGCAGACUUUGCCUCUGGUUUGGUCCACUGGGGUGCUGACACAUGGGGUUCAGUGGAUCUGCCCAUCGUUGGGAAGGCCUUCAUUCGUCCGUUUCGAGAGCACCACAUUGAUCCGACAGCUAUAACACGCCAUGAUUUCAUUGAGACUAAUGGUGAUAACUGUAUGUUGACCAUCAUCCCUCUGGCUAACAUGGCUGCAAACUUUUUGAUGCUCUCACCAGCGGAGAUCUAUCGGAACUACCCCUGGUACUGUUACGUCUUUGCUUUAGCCAUUUUCGUUACAUUGACCAAUCAGAUUCACAAGUGGUCGCACACAUAUUUCGGGCUCCCACGCUGGGUGACGUUUCUUCAGGAUUGUCAUAUCAUUUUACCACGGAAACACCACAGAGUUCACCAUGUUUCACCUCAUGAAACCUACUUCUGCAUUACCACAGGCUGGUUGAACUAUCCUCUAGAAAAACUGGGAUUCUGGAGAAAUCUGGAAGAUCUGAUCCAGAGCCUGACAGGAGAGAAACCCAGAUCAGAUGAUCUCAGAUGGGCCCAGAAAUCCAAGUAAUCUUCCUCUGCCACCAGCCCACCUCCCCUACCUCAGACCUGCUCAUAGGAGAACAAUCUUUCCGUCUAUUUGUCCUCCCUCAGACAGAACAAGAGGAACGGCAAGAUAUCAAACCCUAAAUUAGAAAGCCAUCCAUUGAAAGCAAUAUCCCACUCUAUAAAGAUCCAAACAUCUAAAUCCUUGUUGAAAACUAGAGACUUCUGUGAAAUGUUUAAAACUCUUCAAAGUGCAAAAAACAAGCAAAUUUAAAAUGCAGAUACUUGAACAAUUUGGGCUAUUUCCUGGACACCUUUUCAUCCUUCAACUGCACAACGCUUUGCUGACUACUCAUUUUUGCAUCUGCUCUUGGGUUUGGCCUUUGGGACUAAUAUCUCUUGCUCUCACCCUUCUCUUGUUUGGGGUUAAAGUGCAGUAAAGUCAAGGCAUUUUGGCUCUUUGACCACAGAGGGCUGAAAACACGUGUCUUCAUCUGUUGCUUGUGUCUGAACGGACAGAGCAGCAUCAUAUGCAGUCUUACUUCAGUACGCCUUAAAAGAUGAAUCACGAGAAACUUGCUUUGCUUGGCCUCAUCCUUACACUUCAUUCAUCUUUUCAUUAUUAAUACUUUCUUUUGAAGCACAUUUGCAAAUUCAGAAGUCAGCUGUUGACCAAGUUUAUUAGAAGUUUUUCCACAUAGGUCAAUAUUUAGGUCUUUAGUGUUUCAGUGUGAUUAAGCCGUGAGAUCCACAUUGGUGUCCUCGCUGCUCGACACUGAGAUAACCCAACAGAACCUCAGAAAAGGCCUCAUCCAUUUUUAUUUUGUAUUAACUUCAUCGUAGGGUUGGUUGACGCGAGCUUAACCAGUUUGACUGACACAAACUAACACUCCAUUGCUUGAGUUUUGGAUUUGCAUACAUUGUUACUUAACAGUUUAAUGUACAAUUUAACACUAGCAUGUUAAAUCACACAGCUUGUAGUUCUUAGUUAAUAAUAAUAAUAUGAGAUGUUUAAGGCAGUUACAGCAUGAUGAAAAUAACAGAAUCAUCAGAACAUCUAGCCGUCUAGUGACUUACAACUACUGCUAACUGCUUAUUUAAUGAGCGUUAUACACAUUUUCUUUUAGAAAGCUGCAAUGACAAUGGAUUAGAAAAAGAUUAAGAUUUAUUUACUUGACUUUAUAUUUAAACACAGCAUUAGUCAUAUUUUUUAAUUAAUAGAAAUAUUAAGAAAUCUUUCAUCAAUAAUAAUAAAAGAAAAAAGAUCUUUGCUUUAAGAAAUGUAGUUUAGGCAGUGUUUAUCGUGUGUGGAUACCAUUGUAACAGUCGUCUUAUAAGAGGGAGGAAAUGGGAGAAGAAAUGAAUAAUUCAUAUUUUAUAUCAAAACGUAACAUAAUUGUGAUUAUUUUUGUUGUGCCAUUUUUUUACUUUUAAUUUUCUGAAUCAGUUUAAUUAUGUUUCUAACAAUAACUGUUACACCAUGUUUGCAAAUAUGAUUCUUAAGCCUUCAAAAGUUAAAAACUGUAAAGGUCAACCUAAUGAAUAUAAAGCUUUUAAGUUUUGUGCUUGUGUUAA